GUCGCCGGGACAGGCGAGACGGAGUGGGGUGCGUGGCGGCCUCCACCCGCUCCCAGAGCCGCUUCCCGCAGCGCCCCGCCGCCUGCCGAGCGGGCAAGUGCCGCCGUCGUCGGGGCGGCCAUGCGGCGCUGCGCCCUGCUGGCCGCCUUCGCGCUGGGCUACGUGGGCUACCUGCUGCUGGGCGCGCUCGUCAUCUCGGCGGUGGAGCGGCCCUACGAGAGCCGGCUGCGCGCCGAGCUGCGCGCUCUCAAGGCCGCCUUCCUGCGCGAGAGCCCCUGCCUGCCCGAGCCCGCCCUCGAAAGCUUCCUGGGCGCCGUCCUGAGCGCCAACCGCCACGGCGUGGCUCUGCUCCGCAACGGCACGGCCGCCCCGUCCAACUGGGACUUCGCCUCCGCCUUCUUCUUCUCCAGCACCUUGAUCACCACCGUCGGCUACGGCUACACCACGCCUCUCUCGGACGCGGGCAAGGCCUUCUGCAUCUUCUACGCACUGCUGGGCGUCCCCUUCACCAUGCUGGUGCUCACGGCCACCGCCCAGCGCCUGCUGGGCACCUUCACCUCCGGCCCCCUGGAGUACCUGGCGCUGCGCUGUGGCCACAGCCGGCGGGCGCUCUCCUGCGGGCACCUCGUCUUCCUGGCACUGGUGGUGCUGGUGGCCUUCUUCCUGAUCCCGGCCGCCAUCUUCAGUGCCCUGGAGGAGUCCUGGAGCUUCCUGGACGCCUUCUACUUCUGCUUCAUCUCCCUCUGCACCAUCGGCCUGGGCGACUACGUCCCUGGGGAGCAGCCCGGCCAGCGCCUCCGCUCCCUCUACAAGGUCUCCAUCACCGUUUACCUCCUGCUGGGGCUGAUGGCCAUGCUGCUGCUGCUGCAGACCUUCCACCGGCUGGCCGAGCUGCACGGCCUCUCCGACCUGGUCUUGCUCCCCCAGGAGCAGCCCUGCCAGGAAGACCACCAGCGCAUCCUGGACGACCCCCCGCCUCCCCCGGAGCCCCGCCAGGCGGAGAAGACCCCUGUGCAGCCCAGCCCGGGGGGGCAGGCCAACUACUCCUCCAUCAACAGAUGAUCAAGCUGCGGGGAUUCCCCGCAGAGGCCCCUUUCCUGGGGGGGUGUGCCUGUUUUACUCCCCUGCCACCCUGUAUGCUGAGCCUCUGCCCAUGUACAAAGCUUCCUUCUCCUUGGCCCUGUGCUCUUGGUGGGGGGGGGAGGAGAAAGCCCCUCUCGGUGGGCAGGGCCUGAACAAGACCCCGGCUGCUUCCUUUGGGCUUCCAGAUUCACAUUUCUCGGGUAGUGAUUUUAUUUGAAAAAGAACAAAGAAUGACGUUGGAACUCACGGACACUUGAUUCCACACAGGGAUAGGAGAUUCUGCUGUUGGGGGUGGGCUUCUCUCACGUCCCCCACCCAAAUGGCACAGGCUCUAUUGCUGCCCCCCCCCACCGCUGAGGCUGCCUAGAUUUGCCCCUGAGCAGAUUUAACAAGGCCCCUCAGUGGGCAAUGGGUCACCCCUCGCCCUGUUCCCCUCUCUAUGGGGGGGGCGGGUUUGCUUUCCACCCUUGCCCCCCACAACUUGCAGAGAGCAGCUGCUGGGUUUUAAUUUGAACUACAAAACAGGGGCUUCCACCUUGCAGAACCUCAUCUCCAGCCAGGACCAGCUUUGCAAGAGCUGAGCUGCUGCAGCCACAGCCCUGUUGCUGUCGGAGGGGAAACUGGCCACAAACAAGCCAGGGGGGUGGGGAGCAAGUUUUGGGGUGGAAGGGAGAUGGGAGUCGACUCGCCAAUAUGAAGUGCCUUUUUGUCCUUUUGCUUUUAAUGUACACUUUAAUACUUUGUGGAAUGAAUGGAGAAUAUUUAAACGGA